UCCAGUGUGUGCAUGAGUCGGUGUCUGAGCUCCGGCUGCUGGUUCCCGGUGCUCGGUCACGAUGAAUGGCUGCUUCCUGUGAGCGGAGGGACACGCUAGACCCGCUCGCACUUCUUCUCCUCCUCCUCCUCCUCCUCCAUUGAAGCACUUUCCAGCGGACCACCACAGCCCACGGCGGGACCCUGUGGUGCUGGGCAGAGCGUAAUGGCUCAGACGCUGCAGAUGGCGAUCCCUAACUUUGGCAACAACGUCCUGGAGUGUUUGAACGAGCAGCGGCUGCAGGGUCUGUACUGUGAUGUCUCCGUGGUCGUCAAGGGACACGCCUUCAAGGCCCACCGAGCGGUUCUGGCCGCCAGCAGCUCCUACUUCAGAGAUCUGUUCAACGCCGGUGGGAAGAGCUCGGUGGUGGAGCUGCCGCCGGCCGUGCAGCCGCAGAGCUUCCAGCAGAUCCUGGCCUUCUGCUACACGGGACGCCUCAGCAUGAACGUGGGAGACCAGUUCCUGCUCAUGUACACCGCCGGCUUCCUGCAGAUCCAACAGAUCAUGGAGAAAGGCACCGAGUUCUUCCUCAAGGUCUCGUCUCCGAGCUGCGACUCCCAGGGUCUCCACACUGAGGAGACCCCGCCCUCCGAGCCUCAGAGCCCUGUCACUCAAACAGUGGGGGGGGGUGCUGUCGCCGCGGCCACAGGGCGGCCGUCCUCGUGUCUCACGCCCCUCCCCCUGGUGUCCAAGCAGGAGGGCUCCCCCUACUCGGUGGUCUGCACCCCCGUGGCCAAGCGGCUGUGGGAGGGGGGCAACCGGGACGGGGUCGGAGGGUCUGGAGGGGGCGGCGGAAUGAGGAAGGCUGCACGCUAUUCUUCCUCCUCUUCCUCCUCCUCCUCUUCGAACAACACUACCCAGGAUGCCUCUGGUCGUGGACCUGCACCCGGCAACGCUGUGAUGAUGGGCGGCGGCACCACUCCAGUGGGAGGAGCCGGACUCAACAGCAACCAUAACAACAAUAACCACAGCAACCACAAUAACCACAGCAACCACACCAACGGUGGCACCCCCGAGGGCACGAGCCCGGGCACGCUGAGCAUGUACACCAGCGACUCGCCAAUCAGUUACCACGACGACGAGGAGGAGGACGACGUGGCGGACGAGAGCGCCGAAGAGCAGUACAGGCAGAUCUGCAACAUGUACACCAUGUACAGCAUGCUGAACGCCGGGGCAGCGGUGGUCGGGGAGCGGGUGGAGGCGCUGCCGGACCAGGCGCCCGACUCGGGCGGCGGCCGGGGGGGCCGGGGGGCACGCUCUCGGCAGGACCUGGCGUCGCUGCCGGCCGAGCUCAUCAGCCAGAUCGGCAACCGCUGCCACCCCAAGCUGUACGAGGAGGGCGACCCGGCGGAGAAGCUGGAGCUGGUGAGCGGCACGUCCGUGUUCAUCUCGCGGGCGCAGCUCAUGAACUGCCACGUCAGCGCCGGCACCCGCCACAAGGUGCUGCUGCGGCGCCUGCUGGCGGCGUUCUUCGACAGGAGCACUCUGGCAAACAGCUGUGGAACAGGAAUCCGCUCUUCAACCAACGACCCGAGUCGUAAACCGCUCGACAACCGGGUCCUGCACGCCGUCAAGUUUUACUGCCAGAACUUUGCGCCGAGCUUCAAGGAGAGCGAGAUGAACGCCAUCGCGGCCGACAUGUGCACCAACGCUCGCCGCGUCGUCCGCAAGAGCUGGAUCCCCAAGCUGAAGCUGCUGAUGGCCGACAGCGACGCCUACUCCGCCUUCCUGGCCGACAGCGUGAAGAUGGAGGCCGACGGGCUGGGGGCGGAGCAGGGCUUUGACCCCGCCUCCCUGGAGGCCGUGGCGGCGGCGGCGGCAGCGGCGGCCGCCAACAGUCAUGAGUCGGGAGGCGGAGCCACGGCAGCAGACGCCCUCCACGGGGCGGUGGGAGAUGGCAGCACUUUGUUUUGA